AGUAUUGCGGCAGUUUGGUUUUCGUCAAGGGAUUCCUCAACCAUGUGAUAAUGAGUCAAUCUUACACAAAUGUGAUUUGAGAGGUAGACAUGAUGUUGAUUGGACUACUCGACAUGGAGACUACAUUCGACGUUGGAGCUCUAGGCGUGAGCAUAUUGCUAGAGGCGAGAUGGCUAUAGGUUCAUUAGGGUAUCAUGAUCCAUACAUGGUGUGGUAUCGCUCCAUUACUAUUCGGUUUCUUACUCGGACUGGGUCCUUCCACGAGCUAUUGACUACCAGCAUACACCAGAUAUAUGAUAUUGCACCUCCAGAUGAUUUCCGCAUUCGCAGGCUAUGUACUACUGUAUUAGAGGCCAUACAUGAGAUGGAUCGCUUAGAUGCUCCAUUUAGUGUUGAUGCUACUACACAACUCUAGCCUCCAUCAGGAGAUGUACGACCUACACGACGAGGGCCUCGUACGAGGGAGAUUAGGCAUACACCAACUGUUGCCCGAGUGUGACCAUCGACUGACAUUAGUCCACCACCUCAUCAGCAGCCUACAUCAUCCAUUACUCGAUCAGGAGGUGUACGGACUAGAGAGGGAGGGCCUCAUACGAGGAGUAGUCCACCACUUUACCAGCAGCCGAUAUCACCCAUUACUCGAUCAGGAGGUGUACGAACUAGGGGAGGAGGGCCUCAUACGAGGAGUAGUCCACCACCUCAUCAGUAGCCGAUAUCACCCAUUACUCGAUCAGGAGGUGUACGGACUAGAGGCCGAGGGGCUCAUACGAGAGGGACUAGGCAUACGUUUGUUCUUAGAGAUGCACCAUCGACUGACAUUAGCUUGCCACCUGUUCAGGAGACUCCUAUUACACCUAUGGAGGUGCCAUCCACUCCACCUGUAGUACCACUUGUUGCAUCAUCACCACCAUCGAUAGAGGCUACAUUGGUUCAUGAGGAGUUAGUUCAUAUAGCAAAUGAUGAUCAACAAGGACAAAAGACUAAUCGUGGUCGAGGACAUGGUCGAGGACGUGGUAGGAGACGUGGUCGUGGAGCUCAUGGAGGGUUACAUGUUAGCCCUAUAGAGCCAUUA